AUGGCGACACACAACAUUGUCGUUUUUGGUGGCGACCACUGCGGUCCCGAGGUUGUGGCCGAAGCAGUUAAGGUCCUCAGAGCAAUUGAGGCGAAUUGCCCCUCUGCGGGCAAGUUCAAUCUCCAGCAUCAACUCUUGGGAGGCGCUUCGAUUGAUGUUCACAACGACCCUCUGACCGAUGAGGCCCUUGCCGCCGCCAAGGCCGCCGACGCAGUCCUCCUCGGCGCCAUCGGGGGUCCGAAGUGGGGUCCGUCGUCUCCCGUACGCCCGGAGCAGGGCAUCUUGAAACUGCGUAAGGAACUCGGCACCUAUGGCAACCUGCGGCCGUGCAAUUUCGCCUCCGACUCCCUUGUCGACAGUUCCCCGCUCAAGGCCGAGGUCUGCCGCGGCACCAAUUUCGUCGUCGUCCGGGAGUUGACGGGGGGCAUCUACUUUGGCGAUCGCAAGGAGGAUGACGGGUCCGGCUUCGCCAUGGAUACGGAGCCCUAUAGCCGGGCCGAGAUUGAGCGCAUCGCCCGCCUGGCCGGCUUCCUGGCCCUGGCGAACAACCCGCCGUCCAAGGUUUGGAGCCUGGACAAGGCCAAUGUCAUGGCCACGAGUCGGCUCUGGCGCAAGGUUGUGACCGAGGUGUUUGCCAAAGAGUUCCCCCAGCUCGAGCUCAAUCACCAGCUCAUUGACAGCGCUGCCAUGCUCAUGGUCAAGAACCCGCGCGCCCUAAAUGGCGUCGUCAUCACCAGCAACCUGUUUGGUGACAUCAUCAGCGAUGAGGCUUCAGUUAUCCCCGGGAGCAUCGGCCUGCUACCCAGUGCUAGUCUAGGCGGGAUUCCGGACGGCAAGGGUAAAUGCAAUGGCAUCUAUGAGCCGAUCCACGGCUCUGCCCCCGAUAUCUCUGGCCAGGGGAUUGUCAACCCCAUCGGCACCAUUCUCUCGGUCGCUAUGAUGCUGCGGUACUCGCUGAACCUGCCUAAGGAGGCGGCCGCUGUCGAGACCGCCGUCAAACUGGCGAUUGAUAAUGGCGUGAAGACCAAGGAUUUGGGUGGUAACGCCGGCACCGCCGAGAUGGGUGAUGCGGUUGUCGCGCAGCUGGUCAAUAUCCUCACUGCUUAG